AUGGCGCCAACGCACGUCCUGCUCGAGUCUGCGAGCGGAUAUGCCGUUUUUCAGUCAAAGUUAUACGAGGAGAUUGGUUCAAGGACAGGAGAAGUCCAAAAAUCGAUCAACGACUUUGCAAAGUUUUCGAAAAUGGUCACUCUCAUCUCGUUUCUGCCCUUUAAAAGUGCAGCGCAUGCUCUCGAGAACGCCAAUGAUAUUUCCGAAGGCAUCCUCAACGACCAUUUACGCUCGCUCUUGGAAAUGGUAUUGACACAGUCGAGUGCAAAGAACAAGAUUGUCCUCGCUGUAGCCGACAAGACGCUCGCGACCUCGAUCAAGACGGCGCUGGGCAUCCAAUGCGAAAUUGACGAGGGACUCGACCUGAUCCGCGGCGUACGUCUGCAUGCGGAUCGACUCCUCAAGGGACUUGAAGCCGGCGACAUUGAAAAGGCGCAAUUGGGCCUCGGCCACAGCUACUCGCGCGCGAAAAUCAAGUUUAACGUCAACCGGUCGGAUAAUAUGAUCAUCCAGGCAAUUGCGCUCCUCGACCAGCUUGAUAAAGACGUGAAUACGUUUGCGAUGCGCGUCCGCGAGUGGUAUGGGUACCAUUUCCCCGAACUCGUCCGUCUCGUCGCAGAUAAUCACCAGUAUGCGCGUGCGGCCAAGUUUAUUGGCUCCAAGGACACGUUGACUGAGGAAAAGUUGCCCGACUUGAUCGAGAUUGUUGGCAACGACGAGGUCGUGGCCAAGAACAUUUUGGACGCUGCCAGAACUUCGAUGGGUGGCGAGCUCAGUGAUGUGGACAUGAUUAACAUUUCCAUGUUUGCCGAGCGUGUCAUUUCACUCGCAGAGUACCGAAAGAGCUUGACGGCCUAUUUGGCGGAAAAGAUGAACCAAGUCGCACCGUCGUUGACGGCGUUGAUUGGAGAGCGUAUUGGAGCGCGUCUCAUUAGCCAUGCGGGUAGCUUGACAAAUCUGAGCAAGUAUCCCGCCAGUACUGUCCAAAUCCUUGGUGCGGAAAAGGCGCUGUUCCGAGCGUUGAAAACCAAGGGAAAUACACCAAAGGCAUGUAAAUAUGGACUCAUCUAUCACUCGUCGUUCAUCGGCAAAGCUGGUCCAAAGUUCAAGGGUCGCAUUUCUCGUUUCCUCGCCAAUAAACUUUCUAUCGCCUCGAGGAUAGAUUGCUUUGCAGACACACCAUCUGCCAAAUUUGGAGAAGCUCUCCGCGAGCAGGUGGAGGAGCGACUAAAUUUCUUCGAGAACUCUGACACCAUGCGUAAAGUCCUCGAAGCUCUGGCCGACGAACAGGGUUCAGACGAGGAAAUGGCACCUGCUGUACCGGUAAAAUCCAAAGAGAAAAAGUCCAAAGAGGGCAAACGAAAACACAAGGAGCUCGAAGACGCGAUGGAAGUCGACGGUGGCGCAGAGGAGCAACCUGUCAAGAAGAAGAAGAAAAAGAGCAAAGAAGACAAGGGUGAAUCGAGGGAACAAAAGGAUAAAGAGAAACGACGAGAAAAGGAGAAGCAUGUCGAUGUCUUUGACGAGCCGGUCGCUGAAAAGAAGAAGAAGAAGAAACGUGUAGAAUGA